AUGGCACCUUUCCGUGGCAGAGGAGGUCGCGGUGGUCGUGGAGGCAGAGGAGGUCGCGGUGGCCGUGGAGGCAGAGGAGGUGCGCCUGGUGGUAGCGGAAAACUUGCGCGGAGCGGAAUCCGGACCAGGAAUGGCUACAAGAAGUUUGACAGCCAGCGCGUGAAGGACUUGGACGAGUCGGACGAGGAGCAGCCAGAAUUGCCAGAAGAGUCGGAAGAGGAUGAGGAAGAAGACUCGGACGAUGAGGAAAUUGAAGCGGUGAAGCCCGCGGUCAAGUCUUACAAUGCACUGCUACAGUCCUUCCAUCAGCCCGCUGAGCCUGAGGAACGCAAGGCAAAACGGAGAAAGAUCGAGGAGCCAGAGCCAGCCAUACCAGACGAAGAUCAGGAGGUGGAAGACGCUUUAGUAGAAGGUGGAGAAGACAGAGAAGAUGAUCGGGAAGAGCAUGCGCCAGAGCAGCCUGACGGCGAGGGUGACGAUGAUGUUGAUCCAAAAGAUCCCUUCGAAGCGCAUUUUGCCAAUCCCGACGAUAACGAGCUGUCCAGGCGACUCAAAGCUAUACAAUCCAACGACUUGAGAACGGAGAAAGGCUCAUUGGGGAGAUCGGUGAACAUCAUGGUCUCUUCGCCAAGUACGAGCUCGCAGAAAGCUAUGCGACAGAACGAAGCGAAGGCGGUAGAAGACCUCCCACUCAAGGAGCGCCUUCAGCGAAACCUACAGCGUCAGAUUGUAUCGCUACUGUCCUCAGAACUCGAGCAGAAAGUGGCUCCAUAUAUGUUCGAAUAUCAGGAUCUUCUGUUGGGCAAUAGAACUUCACAAAAUGCUGCAUCUCUCCGAGGCCUGGCCAGUCUCCAUGUGGUCAACCAUGUUCUGAAAGGCCGAGAUCGAGUAUUAAAGAACAAUGAGCGCCUUACACAUGCAGAUGAUACGGCACAUUUGGAUCUUCGAGACCAGGGAUUCGUUAGGCCAAAGGUCCUAGUGCUGACCGAGACUCGUCAGAUGGCUGCCCAAUAUGCAAACGCCAUCGUGGAUGCGUUCAAGCCAGACCAGCAGGAGAACCGCAAACGCUUCGACGAGUCCUUCACGGCGCCCAUCGACGAUCGCGAAACCAUGCCGGAAGAUUAUCGCGAGCUCUUCGGUGGGAAUAACGACAACAGCUUCCGCACUGCGCUGAAGUUUACCAGAAAAACGCUGAAAUUCAACUCCGCUUUCUACAGCAGCGAUGUCAUUCUAGCAUCGCCUCUUGGUCUCCGCCAAAUCAUCGAAAACGAAGACGUCAAGAAGCGCGACCAUGAUUUCCUCUCAUCUAUCGAAAUGGUCAUCGUUGACCAAGCCGAUGCCAUGCAAAUGCAGAGCUGGGAGAAUGUCGAUGUCGUCUUCAAGCAUCUCAAUCUCGAAUUGAAAGAGACGCAUGGAUGCGACUUUAGCCGCGUACGAAAUUGGUAUCUGGACGGUAAUGCGAAGUACCUCAGACAGACCAUCAUGUUCAGCGCAUACGUCACACCUGAGAUGAACAGACUUUACAACACCUCUAUGCUCAACGUCGCCGGCAAAGCGAAGAUCACACAGAUUUACGCCGGCGCCAUCAUCGAAACCAGCGGCCUAGGGAUCAAGCAGACCUUCUCCCGCUUCGACUCUCCGUCACCACCCAGCGACCCAGACGCCCGCUUCAAAUACUUCACCACGGCCAUCCUUCCAAGCCUCAUCCGUCUACCCAAACCCGCCGACGGCGCUUCGGGAAUCUUAAUCUUCAUCGCCUCAUACUUCGACUUCCUCCGCCUCCGCAACUUCUUCGCCACGUCCGCUCAGACGCAACACAUCUCCUUCGGCACGAUUCACGAUUACAGCGAGGUCUCCGACCAACGACGUGCGAGGUCCCACUUCAUCAAUGGAAGACACAGCAUCUUGCUCUACACUCAACGAGCACAUCAUUUCUUCCGCUUGAGAUUGAAAGGUGUGAAGAGGGUCGUGAUGUAUGGAUUGCCGGAUAACCCGAUCUUUUACCAGGAAUUGGUGGAGGGAUAUCUGGGUACGAGUAUGAAUGAGGGCAAGAUUGAUGCGGCGGAGGCGAGUGUUCGAUGUGCUUUUAGUAAGUGGGAUGGCAUGAGAUUGGAGAGAGUCGUGGGGAGUGAGAGGGUGAAGGGUAUGCUGGGAGGAGCGGGAGAUACAUUUGAUUUUGUAUGA